AUGUCAAACGAAGCCAGCACACCCGCCCCAACCCACGAGCCCCCAUCCCUCCCCAGCUCGCCCCUCCCCAAGCGCACCAAAGUCAUCGACCCCGCGCCGCUCAAUCAGGCCUCCGCACUGCCGCGUAACAACGACUCAGGUACCGCAACUCCGACACCACUAGCAAGCUCCAACAUGGCCGCCUUGCAGCCCCCUGCACCAAUUGCUCCCAGCAUUGCGGCUGGUGCCGCGGCAGAGCAGGCCCUGCAGGUUUUGCUGCUGAGUGAAACUGCGAAGGCGCCGACGAAGGGGAGUGCGUUUGCGGCAGGACAUGAUUUAUAUAGUGCGAAGGACACAGUGAUUCCUGCAAGAGGGAGGGCUAUUGUGGCUACGGACAUCAGCAUUUCAGUGCCGGUUGGGACCUGUACGUUCUUGCUGCAUGAUCACGCCCUGGCAGAUGGCCGUGUAGCACCGCGCUCCGGUCUCGCAGCCAAGCACGGCAUCGACACAAUGGCUGGCGUGAUUGAUGCAGACUACAGAGGGCCAGUGGGCGUCAUACUGGCGAAUCUGUCAGAUACAGACUUCGAAGUCAAGGUUGGAGACCGGAUCGCGCAGUUGAUCGUCGAGAAGAUCGCAAUGCCCGAAGUCGUCGUCGUAGAGAAGCUCGAAGACAGCGUGCGCGGCGCUGGUGGAUUCGGCAGCACAGGAGGCUUCGGUGCAGGCGCAACACAAGGAGCAUAG